GGCGUGCGGCCCCUCGGUGACAGCGGGGAUCCUCUCGGCCGUGGUGGCAGUGGAGGGGCAGCCGGUGAUGCUGCAGACCACCUGCGCCGUGCACGGGGGCUCCAGCGGUGGCCCCCUCCUGUCCUCCCGCAGCGGGUGCCUCAUGGGGAUUGUGGCCAGCAACACCCGGAACCACGGUGCGGGGGCCACCUACCCCCACCUCAACUUCUGCAUCCCCAUCACGGUCCUGCAGCCCCUUGUGGCUCGGUACCGUCGCACCCGCGACCCCGGCGCCUUCGCCGGGCUCAACUGCGCGGCACAGGGGGUGCGGGCGGCCUGGAAGCUCCAGCGGCAGCCAGGACCCCCCCAGCAAGCUCUGACCCCCCCAUCCCAGGGGGCUUGUGCCGUGGACCCGAGGGGCCAAGGUGCCCGGGGGUGGAGCUGCCACGGCCCCUCUUCGCUGUGGGGCCCGAGCACCUGGACCCCGCAGAGCCGGUGGAGGGUGGGCACUCUGGGGCGGGGGACACCACACAGUGCCUUUGCCAGCUGUUGACAGGCCCAGAUUGGGGAGA